GAACCGCUGCUGUUCAAACCGGGCGCGAAAGUGAGCGCGAGAUCCAGUUCUAUUGCUUUAAAACAGACAUUCUCCUCCAAGAGAGAGAUUUACAUCGGAUUCGUUGGUGCACAACGCGGAUACAGUUGAAAGUUGGCGUUUUGACUGUUAUUCGGGCACUGGGCCAGUCCAGUCUGUUUUGGUGCUCCAUGCAGUCCCCAUAUCGCCUGCCGCACCCCCUGCCCCCUCUGCCGGUGCGCAAGGGGGUGCGAGGGAGGAGACCCAAGAGCCAGACCAUUGCCAUGUUAAAAGCAGCAGCCGAGGCAGCCGCAGCCGGCACGUCACCGAAUGGCCAAACACAGUCCAGCACAGCCAAGAGUCCCUUAAGUUCACCACUCACACCCAAACCAUAUAAAAAAAGAGGACCCAAACCCGGCAGCAAGAGGAAACUAAAGGUUCCUCAUUCACUUUCAAGCCCCUCGUUGCCAUCUUCAGUGUCAGACGGGAGACUGUCUAGUCUGCAGACGACAAGAGACUCAGGAGUUGUGUCUACAGUUUGUGUGUAUGUGAACAAACAUGGAGACCCAGGGCCACACCUGGACCGUAAACUGUUGUUGCAGCUGCCUGAUCAUUUCGGGCCAGGUCCCGUGAACACGGUUCUCCAGCAUGCGGUACAAGCGUGCGUGGACUGUGCGUUUCAGCCCAAAGCUCUGUUCAGCUUCCUGCAGUCUCAGUCUGACGGAGGGGAAAUCAUCAGAGUUCGCUCUGAAGGAGGAAUCCACUACGUCAAGCUCCCCACUGCCUCCAGUGCAUCGUUCGUUCUGCGCUUUCUAGAAACUCUGUGUCACCACCUGCACUGUGAGAACCUGUUCAGCAGCCAGCCAUUCAGUCCAAUAACUACUAACACACACAUGGCAUAUGAAAGGAGCAAAUCAGUGAAAGAGGAGACGUCAGAGGCUAUGUCUGUAGUACGAGGUACGAGGCGUUUCAACAGAGAUUCGGCUACAUACACCACUGCCCUGUCACCAAAAUUACAGCGAACAGAAGCUUUGCCCUCGGACGGUACGACCUGUUCAGCUGUUCUGAGUGUUUUUGCUCAAACCAUCGUCCAUGCUGAAAAUGGUGCCACCACAGACCAGCAGUUCUCAGUAGAGUCAAUAGACUCAGCCUCCAAUUCCGUUGCCCCCCGACCCCCCGCACUACGGAGCACGUCUGAGUAUCACACCCCGACCGGAAGCAGCCCGCACUACCCUUCUCACCCCCCACCGCUCCGCAGACUCUCCUCCAACCCCUCUGAGCUGGGUCCUCCACGCACACACAGACGAGUGGAAGCUGCUAGCUCAACCACUGGGCCUGAUCAUCAAGCAGCAGAGAAGGAUCUGACCAAAACGUCUAGUAAGAGUCCAUCAUCCUGGAGUAUAGAGGAAGUGAUGCAAUUUGUUCACAAUGCUGAUCCACAAGCACUGGGCCCACACGCAGAGCUCUUCAGAAAACACGAGAUUGAUGGCAAGGCCUUGAUGCUUUUACGGAGUGACAUGAUCAUGAAGUACAUGGGGCUGAAGCUGGGUCCUGCUCUUAAACUUUGCCAUCACAUUGAGAGACUCAAACAGACAAAAUAGUAGCUGGAAUCUUCUGAGCAAAAACGGAGGAUCCACCAGAGGGCAACAGAGGAAAAAUCAGGUUCACUGGAUUUCACAAUCUUUUUUUCACUAACUUUACUCAAGAUAAACGGAUAUUUAUUACGCGUGACAUUGAUGGUUAGAGGUCCAACAUGUUGACCUGCUUCACCUGAACUCAUUCCCGCUUAUUUAAACGGUGGGGAAAAACUGAUCAGCCAAAUAUAUUUUUGUGGCAAAAACAAAUGCAAACAUUUACAUCAGCAGAUUGACUUUUCAAAACUACCUUUGCGUGGACAUUGUGUACGACUACUGUGUACAAGAAUGUUCACCGGCUCUCAUCUAGAAACCAAUUCAGUGUAAAACUGCAGCUACAGACCUCAGUACCUCAGUGAUACAAUGCUCUGCAUUUACAGACAAUGGUAGAGAAAGCUGAAUCCCAAACGAUUUCAUUGUGUUAUGUAUUGUUUCUGGUACGGUCUACAUGCACAGACAGCUUGACAAACAUUUACUUCCACUGUAUUUUAGGUUAAGUCUGAUGAAGAUUCAUUUGAAAUACACUUUGGACAUCGACUAUGAAGGGUUUUGGUGCCGGUUAAUCAUAUUUGACCAUUUUGUAUAGUUUAAUUAAUUAGUUCUUUUCGUUUAUUAGUUAUUUUUUCCUCUAAAAUUGGAAUGGAAAUACACAAUCGUAUUUCAAAAUGUCCUGCUGUUUCAUAAAGUAACUGAGAAAAAAUUAAAAUGUUUUUUUUUUUUUUUUUUAGUUAUGUAAACCAAAAAUGGUUUUGUUAUGGUCUACAAAAGGCACCAAUUUUAAAAGCACAACAUUUUAGUCCUACUAUUGCUGUUUAACUCAAGAUAAUUUCUCAGGACACUUGUACUAUGUUUUCAUUUGUACAUAUUUUGUCAUAAUGUCUUUUCCCUCUAAAAAAAAGACCACACCAGCACUUCAGGUGACGGCCAUAAAGUGGACAUGAUGUCACAUAGGCCUGAAAUUCAGAAGUUUAUCUGCAUGUUGAAUGAUGAUGUAUGGAGCAAUCCCAGAUGUUUUUUUUUCUAUCGUAUUAAUGUGUAUUUAGCUCAGUAUUCUAUCCUUCAGUGCAUUCUUUUCUUAUUAUUUAAUAAGUAGAAACUGUUGCUUUUUUUGAGCACAUUGUUUUUUGUUUAUAUCAUUGAUAAUGGAUUUUUUGUUUUGGGGGAUGGAGCAUUUUUGUUGUGAUACACAUUUAUAUACAUUUUUAGCUCCUUUUAGUUACACUGUAUAUACCUUACUCUUAUACUCAGGUUGGAUUAUUUUGUAUUUACUUAUUUGAAUGCUUUUCUACCAUUUUGAAUAAAUCAUUGCAUUUAUAAAGUU